GCUGGAGGCGAGGCGAGGCGAGGACGGGCGCAUGCACACCGUCUUCCGGCUGCGGAUGCCGGCGCGGCGGGGCGCGCAGAACGCGGCUUGUGGUGGCGGCGGCGGCGGCGACGGCGGCGGCAGCUCGCCGCCUCGCCCCCAGCGGGCGCUUGGUCUCGAGGCUGCGGCGGAGGCGGCCGAGAGCCGGAGAUUGCCCGAGGGCGAGACGGCGGCGCGGAGGCGGCCGUACUGCGUUGUGGUCGACGACGACGAGUUGGUGCAGGUGGUGAUGGCGGCGCAGCUCAAAGACUUGGGCCCGCGCACGCACGCCGUCUUCACGCUCGGCGUGACGCACGAGGAGCAGUUUGCGAUGGAGGACGUCAUCAUGGGCGCCCUCGCUCUGGAGCUGCCGCCGCCGCACGCCGCCGCCUCGGUGGCGGUGAUCGACCUCAACCUAACGCUGCCGCCUCCGCAGGUGCCCCGAGCACUUGCUCGCGCGCGUCCGCGGCGGGGCGCCGUCGAUACCCAGCGACGGCUUCGACCUCGCGAGGCGCUCGGCGGGCGGCUGCGCGCGCGCGGAUUCGGAGGCAAGAUCAUCAUCCACACCGGCGAGUCGCUCUCCUCGCUCGAGGAGCUGCGGCGGAGCCCGCUCGUCGACGAGGUGAUCGAGAAAGGCUCCGGACGCCGCUUCAAGGCGCAGUUUUUGGAGAUCAUGGCGGGCGGGCUGCACAGCGGAGAGCGGGCCUCGCGCACUUGCGGGUGAUGGGGGCCGCUGCCGAGGUCGACACGCUGCCGUCGCAGGGGACGCCCCGCAGCGAAGUCCCUCUCUGUCGCGCUUGUACUGACGUAAUGUGUCACCUCACAUCACACAUUCUGCCUCCGAGCUCCGACCCCUCCUUCAGCUUAACCGCCCGCGGUGUCCUCGUCUGUCGAAGCGUAAGCCGCGACCCGGGCGCCGGGUCUGGCUUGUCGUGCAUUUUUUCCUUUUUCCUUUUUGUUGUUCGAGUACUAGAGUUU